UGACCACAGGUCGCUGAGGAGAGAAGUAAAGCAUCGCCAUAACCGUUGGCUGUGUGGCGUGCGUAGUGUUAAAUAUGAAAAGCUUGAAGUUCAUUAACACUGUGUAAAGCCUGCAUCUAUAUCUUGCAUCUCACGUUUGAGUUAGAGUUAAGAAGGCUGACAGAAUAGAGAUUUGUGAAUGAAUAUUUGCCGAUUUUUACUUUAAAGUUAGAUCUAGUGUAUAAGCCAUCAGAAAAAUAAUAGAACGCGAGAAGCAAAAAGAAAAUCACAUCCAUUGGCGCCCAACUCGUGGUACGAGUCAUACGACUGUUUUUUCCUUUGUUCAGGCCUCGUGGUCACCGAAAUUAUUUUUAAAGUCAAUUUUCCGUGCAAGAAUUCAUCUUAGUGAAAAGUUUUUAGUUUCACCUAUUGUAAAAAACACCGCUCAAGGAGGCAUCCGAGGAAAAGGAGAAUGCAUGAAUCAUCAAAGCCGCCAACUGAGACUGAUUCCCAGUCAGAGGAAGAGAAGGCGGAAAAGAAGGCGUCGGAGAGUGAUGGUCAGUGAGAGAAUUUUGGGAGGGAGGCAGAGGGCCUAACACGGCGCGCUGUCAGGAAUUUAUGCAGAAAAAUCGUGAGGCUGCUGGUUUUGAAGGAACGAUAGCAGGUGUUGAAGAGGAAAAUGUAUGAGGAGCACGUUGGCCUGGAGCGUCUCAAGGCGGAGUUGAGGAAGAAGGAGCACAGCAGCUGGUCAAGUGUGAGGAGGAGACGCCAGUAAUCACUGCACAGGAAGGAAAUCCUCGUAGUCCGCCAAGAGGGCUUUUAAGGGAAAGUUGAAGGCCGUUGAAGUGGUUCUGGAAUCCACGAAGAAGAAGAAGAUGAGAAAAAGCCCAAAACGCCACAAAAAACUCCUUAGCGCGAAUCUGUUCAGCGAAUAUUUCAUUUAUAUGGAGAAAGCAUUACAGAAAACACCGCUCAAGGAGGCAUCCGAGGAAAAGGAGGAUGCGUGAGUCACCAAAGCCGCCGUCUGAGAGUGACUCCCAGUCAGCGGCCGAGAAGACAGUGAAAAGAAGGCGUCGGAGAGCGAUGGUCAGUGGGAGGAUCUUGGGAGGGAGGGAGAGGGUCUAGCACGGCGCACAGAGCAAGAGCAAGAGGAGUGCCGAAGAGAAUCCGGAAAAUAGUGGAGUUUAGAAGAGGCGCAAGAUUGCUCCGGAAUCGCCUAAGCAGAUCAACACGAUGAUGAACGGAAUGUUCAACAUGGAGCCUUCAGGUCAAUGUCUGCAAUCUGCGCGAUGACAAGUUGAUCAGGAAGGCGCAGGUGACGAAGCAGUUCAAGCUCGGACAUCAAAUGCAAGAGCCCAGCGCCGUGUUUCCACGCCCCACGACCUACUGUCACCGCUGCGACUUUCUGCCGUGUUAGAAGGCAGGGUCCAGAGGUUUCGAAAGGUUGACUUGGCCUCCUAGACCCCUUGUUGCCUGACUUUAGGCUCCGCUCUGAGCCAAACAGCCUCAAUGGCUAAGUCACUCCAGCCGAUGUUUCGAGUCACCAGCCCAGCAUCUCUCUCGCACCAGGAUGUGUCGAUGACAUCUACUUUGCGAUGAAGCCGAAGAGAGUGCUGAAGAUGAUUCACUGGAUGAAUUGGGGGCAAAAUGUGAGACGGUGAAGAAGGCGAGGAAGGAAAUCCGGAGAAUAGGGGACUGUGAAACAAGGACACAACUCUUGUGCGCUUCCAAGGAACAGUUCUGUCGAACUUGACAGAGGCCGAGAAGACAGGGUUUCCUGUGGUGCUUUUGGUAAAAUGAGAUAUAUGACUUUUCUAUUGCCACCGGAAAAGCCCAAAACGCCACAAAAAACUCCUCGGCGCAAAUCUGUGCAGCGAAAUUUGAGCAAGUGUUUAAAAGACUAUCUCUAUCGCCGUGCUUCCCGCUUCAGAAUAACAAAUUUCUUACACUGUGCAAUGCGUCAUUGGAUAACAUAAGACAUUCAUCCCAUUCCACAUUGGGACGAAUCAAAUGGAAAAACAAUGGAUAUCGUACGACGCUCGGUUUCAGGGAUUCACCCUUUAAGUGUCUUGAGUUGUGUGCAAUUGGGAUAGUCACUAAAUGUCAGUCAUGAAUGUAUAAAUGGAGGAGCACGAGCAUGUCCUGCUUGCGGCUUUCCACGUGCAGUCUAAGCGCGUGCGGGCAUUGCUUCAUGCAGGAUUCAUGGCUUGGGAGCCCGUAAAUCGCCCGCAAAAGCGCCAACAGGUUUCGCUACUGGAUGUUGUAGCAGUGACUCAGCGUGACACCACCUUCACAUUGCAUCACGCUACACAGCAAACUUCAGUUUGGCGAGUGAGUCGCACGACUUUCAGCGCCACAGAACCCGGUGUAGUAGCCACAUGGACAAUCGAGAUAAGUCGCCAGUUAAAUUCUCAUACUCACCGACCACGUAGGCUGCUGUUAUUCAUAAAUCCAUUUGGAGGGCGACGAACAGCACUCAAGGUAUAUGAGCGCCACGUGCGCCCACUGUUAGAGCUGGCUGGUGUGCGUACAGAGAUUAUUGUUACGCAACGACCUCAUGAGAUCAAGGAAACAAUAGAGGAGCGACCUUUGCAAGCUUUUGACAGUGUAGCUUGCGUUGGUGGAGAUGGAACAUUUGCAGAGCUAUUCAACGGACUCGUUGCACGCGAGUGCCGCGAACGUAAUAUAGCUAUUUCGAGUAUAACAUUACCACGACCUCAACUACCUGCGGCUAUCAUCCCAGCGGGAAGUACUAAUACGGUAGCUUUCUGUCUACAUGGCACUGAUGAUCCCGUCACUAGUGCUCUGCAUCUAAUUCUUGGCUUACGUUCCGAUCUUGAUCUUUGUAGUGUAUCCUGCGGCGACGAAACACGGCUGUACGCAAGUGUGUUGUCAUACGGAUACCUAGGUGAUAUAGCGCGCGAAAGCGAGAGGCUGCGUUGGAUGGGACCACGGCGCUACGAUUACUCUGGCCUUCGAAAAUUUUUUCGCAAUCGAGGCUAUCGUGGUGAAGUAUCUGUACUUCCAGACAUCUCUGAUCCUACUGCUGAGACGCCGAAAUGUUUUGACGAAUGUGAUCGGUGUGCUUCAGUUGAACACGACGGUGCUACUACUUGGCACGUAAUCCGUGGAAAAUUUUUCAUGGUGAGUGGCGCCAAUAUCUCCUGCGCGUGCCGCCGAAGUCCUGCUGGCAUGUCACCGACAUGCCAUCUAGGCGAUGGGUGUGUGGAUGUAAUUGUUGUGCAGCACACAAACAUACUGAACAACCUUCGGCUACUGCUUCGCCUCUCAUCACGUCAUGGUGGUGUCUCGGACUUGCCUUUCGUACGCGUCGUACGUGCUCGAGCAUUUCAUUUCCGCACCGCGGGGGCGGAUGAUAUUGCCAGUGGAUCUACGCAACCUAUUGCAUGUGACGAGCGCGUGAGUGUAUGGAACUGCGAUGGUGAAGUUCUUUUGCAACGUGAUGCUUUCGUACGUACACAUCGUCAGUUGCUCACCGUCUUCAGACGCCCUUUGUCGCCACCCGAUACUACCAUAGGCUGUACAAUCUGCAAAUCAUGACGACAUUCCGCUUCAUUCCGGCUAAUAUAUAAGUAUUUUUGAAACUUGCGCAAUGCAAGAGGUGAUGCUCAACAAUUUCUCUGUUAUUUUACCUUUUUUGGGGGGAAAUUUCGGUUGUGGGAGGGUAACAAUGGUUUCUGUAUGCAAUAUUUAUACUUGAAAUACUGUUAAUAAUAAAUAAAAUUAUGAGACAGUUCUUAGGCGGGCUUUUCACGACUGAACAAUUAUAAUAUUAUUAGAAUUUAACGCAAAUAAGAAGCUCUCUUCCGUAUCUACGUGAGUUCGUGCUAUUUACAACAGCAACAAUUGCUCUUUAAGAAUUUUUCGCCUUCCACUCGAGUGAUAAACGAAACAGCUCUAAUGAUUGUGACUGAGAUAUUCUAUAGUUCUUAUGCAUUUUUCCGCGUCUAUAUACCUAAUUGCGUUUGGUUAUAUAGAAAACCUUCCGCGGAUAGGUGGAAAAAGAGGAUGUAGAGAAAGCAUUGUAUAGAAAAAAAAAGAUGUUUUAUUUUCCUAAAUUAUUCGAUUUCGAAAAUCGUUUUUACUACUCCAAUGCUCACUCCAUUAAUUCCCGUACAAAGUUUCCAAAGAUUUUCCCUGUAUCUUCACGUCUGGAGAAUUUCUGAAAAAAUUUGAUCACAAUUAGAAUGUCACUGCUUGAUGCACUCCAGCGCACCAACACUUUUGACUUC